AUGACAACCAGUGGUGAACAGUUCCUGAACCCCGAGCCCACCUCGUUACCUUUUGAACUACAUCAUGAUCCGAGCGAAACAAUCCCUUCCGCUUUUGAUGUGAUCAAAUCUCAAGAGAACAGCUUCAGCUACGACUUGAACAUCGACCAACUUGUUCAGAAUAGCACAAAUACACCGACAGCGGCAAGAACCACAAGGCAAGGGCUUGAUACCAGCGAGAUUAUAUCCCCAUCAUACCAGUAUUCUUCAGCAUCACCAUCCUCUCGUUCCCCGUCUCACGGUUCCACCUCAACCCCCCGACAAAGCCCAUUCGAACAACUCUCAGCGUCAUCUUCAUUGUCACACAGCGCGACAAACAACAACAGUCGCAGUAUUGUGCCUCCCGGAACUAGAGGUCAUCGUUCUCCAUCAUCAACUACGCCAACAAUACCGACUCCCCAGAAGCCAGCCUGUACAUACGAGUACCUCGGCGUUCUCCAUAUCGCUGCGCAAAAAGGCCAUGACCGCAUAACCCAGAUGCUGCUGAGCCAUCAUGGCAUGGACUGCAACGCCCCGGACGGCGAGGGCCGCACGCCUUUGAUGCACGCCGUGGUUGCCGGCCUCGUGCCGGUAGUGCGCGCGCUCCUGACCGCCGGCACCCGCUGCGACACCGUCGAUAACAAUCAACGCUCCGUGUUGCACCUAGCCGUGCUCCACCGGAGGGAGCAGGUGUUGCGGCUGUUGCUGGCGGAGAUCGAACAGGGGGUUGUCGACGGCGUACAUCCGAUUGGGCAAGCGGAAGCUCGGUUGGCGCGUCUCUUGGACGCGUACGACGCGGACGGGAACACGCCGUUGCAUCUGGCCGUGACGGAGGGGUUUGAGGCAGGGGUUGUCAUGUUGCGGUACUGGCACGAGACCCAGGCCAGCCGUGACUGGCGCUUCAAGAAGUUCAUCAACCACGACCUCCUGGGAUCGAAGAUGAACGGCACCGCGUGGCAGUCUCCCAUCUUCCAAAAGACCCUCCGCCUCGGUGACAUGCCCUGGCUGCGGGACCACACGUCGUUCAUCGACCGUAAAACAGAGGUACUGGACAUCCACGCCAGCGAUACCAUCAUCAACAUGGGCGCAGAGCGUCUGGGCGACAUGGAUUCCAUUCAUUACCACGAGGUGACGGCGGAACCUCAGCCGCUUGAGGAUGGCUACGUCGAGGUCGAGGUUUACGCCGCUGGUCUGAAUUACACGGACGUCGUUGUAACCAUGGGCAUAGUUCCUGGUGACGAGCGCGAACUGGGUGGCGAGGCGGCUGGCAUCGUGACAAAGGUCUCGCCCAGUGUCACCUCACUCACGGUUGGACAACGUGUUGUGGUCUUCACCCCGGCGACCAUUUCCAACCGCGUCCGCACCCGGCCCGGACGAGUGCAUGCCCUCCCUGACUGGAUGUCGUUCGAAGAGGCUGCCACUCUUUGUGGUGUUUACUUGACUUCCAUCUUCUCAUUGUUCGACAUGGCAGAUGUUAAGGCCGGCAAGACCGUACUGAUCCACUCCGCGGCGGGUGGUGUAGGCAUCUCCUCUCUGCAGCUGGCUCAGUAUGCCGGUGCGGAGAGAGAAUUCGUUAAGUCCACUUUCGGUCUAGAGGACGACCACAUCUUCAACUCCCGCGACAAAUCUUUCGGUGACCAAAUCUUAGCUGCGACGGGUGGCCGAGGUGUCGUUAUCAUUCUCAACUCUCUCACCGGCGACAUGCUGGAUGAGUCCUUCCGCGUCCUCGCCGACGGAGGUAUUAUGGUCGAGAUUGGUAAGAAAGACAUCGUGGAUCGCAACAGCCUUGCCAUGGAGCCACUCGACCGCAAUAUCUCCCUGAGAGCCGUUGAUAUGUCUCACCAGAGAGCCCCCGAUCACCUCAUUGCCCGUCUUAUUACCAAGCUCUUUGAACUACUCGAGGGACGUCACGUCAAGCCAAUCAAACCCAUCCACGUUUUCUCCUUCACCGACGUCGCCAACGCCGUUCGCUACCUGCGCGCAGGUAAGCACAUUGGUAAGGUCGUCAUUUCGGACGGCCCCGAGGCGAAGAUUUCGGUCCCCGUCCGACGCGCGCCGAAGACCCUCCACUUCCGCGAUGAUGCUACAUAUCUGAUCGUAGGCGGUCUCCGUGGUCUCUGCGGUGCCCUGGCCAUCUACCUCGCCAAGAGUGGCGCGAAGCACUUGGCGGUCAAGGCCCUUGGAUCGAGCAUUGAUCUCCUGACAACCGACGUGACCAGCAAGGGCGACGUCCAGCGGGCCUUCAACCAGACGUCCUUCCCAAACCGACCGUUCGACUCCAUGACACUGGAAGAAUACCAUCAAGCCGUCGGCUGCAAGAUUCAAGGUACAUGGAACCUCCACGACGCAGCCGAAAAGCUCGGCCUCGAACUCGGCUUCUUCACCAUGCUCUCCAGCAUCUCCGGUGUCAUUGGGCAGCGCGGACAGACUAACUACGCCGCCGCCAACGUCUUCCUCGACUCCUUCGCCGCCUUCCGCCGCGAGCGCGGACAAGCCGCGUGCUCCAUCGACCUGGGCGUCAUCGAGGAUGACGGCUUCAUCGCCAACAACGAUGAGUUCCAGGGGAAGCACUUUGACAGCCGCACCUUUAAGGGCAUCAACAACGGCCUCCUGUGGCAGAUCCUCUACUUCUCCAUCCUGCAGCAGGCAGGCAAGUUCCCGGGAUCGCCGUCGGCUACGCAGAUGGUCACUGGUAUCGUGGCGCCGCAGCCUGCUGACUCGGCGCUCUUGCAAGACGCCCGGUUCGCGGCGCUGCGGACCGGUUCUGCCGGGGGCAGGGUUGCCGGCGAGGGCGGCAAUAGCGCCAACGCAGAUGUGCAGGCGCUGCUUCUCCUCUUGAAGUCGAAGUCGGCUGAGACUUCAGCACAGGUAGCAGCAACAGUGGAUGUCGUGAACAAAUGUUUUGUCCGCAUGCUCCGUCUCUCAGAGCCCACGGAUCCAGCUCGACCCCUGUCAGUGUAUGGUAUUGAUUCGUUGGCGGCGGUUGAGGUACGUAACUGGGUGCGCAACGAGCUGGGGGCGUUGGUCACCACAUUUGACAUCAUGAACGCGUCUUCGUUGUUGUCAUUCUGUGAGAAGAUUGUUUGA